AUGGGCCUGGGCUUGAUGAAUCACUCCGAGACUUUCCGAGCUAGGCUCGCCCGGUUCCCAGAGCCAGAGUCACAGGAGCAAACAUUCACUCCCAGACAUACCAAGGCCCGCUCAGAUUCGAUGCUGCUGGAACUGCGACGUCCAACCGCCACAGUUGAGCAUCAGGGGACUUCGUUUGAAAUCCUUAAUCCGCAUGAAUCGUUGAAAUUCGCCCGGAUAGUCUCAUACAUCGAAGACGUGGAUAAUUCGUCCAUCACAGACGACCAGCGGGACUCGUUCAACGCAACACGGCCUCAGAGCGAGACCUUGAUCUUGGAGCAUGACGAAACCAUUGAGGCGACCCAUGAUCACAAGCCGGACCACGACCAUUACAUCUCCGACGCCGACGAAGAAAGAGCCCACUACGAACUCAUCGGCGACAUACCGUAUCAGCCUAUGCCAUCCAUCUCUGAACGACUAAAGGGAAAUGAGACCGAUAUUCCGCAGUCGCACAAGUGGAGCUCGCCUCCGCAGUCCAGGCCGAUGACGGCGCAAUCAUACGGAAGUGAACUCGGGGAGCCGGGGUACUCGGUUCUAGCGUCCUACGACGGGGCAGGAUGGACGAGCACCACGGACGAUAUAAUCGCGAUGAAGUAUGACGAGAUGCAGCGGAGCGAAUCGAACAAGAGGUCUUCAUCACAUCGGAAGAAGCGCGGGAAUCGCAAUCCGUUUAGAAAGUUACGCAGCUUUGCGCGUUCCCUGCGGAGGGGCCGGCUUUUUCGAUGA